AUGUAUUUAAACCAGACUUUAAUCAGAUAUUUCAUAAUCAAAGGGAUUUCAGAUGUUCCAGAAAUUCAGACCGCUAUCUUCUUUCUGGUUCUGCUCAUUUAUCUCAUCACUCUUGCUGGCAACAUGACCAUUUUUCUGCUUAUCUGCCUGGACCACCAUCUCCACACUCCGAUGUACUACUUUCUGGGCAACUUGUCCAUAGUGGACAUGUCAUGUUCCACCAUCACUCUGCACAAGACGCUCACCAGCUUUAUUACACAUGAUAAAUCUGUUUCCUACCUUGCGUGCAUGAUCCAAAUGUACAUGUUUGGUUCAUUAACAGGUCAUGGUCUAUUGAUAUUAACAGCCAUGAGUUAUGAUCGCUAUGUAGCAAUUUGUAAUCCUUUACGAUAUCAAAUGGUUAUGAAUACUAGAACUUGUGUUCUGUUGGCGUCUGCUUGUUGUUUGGUUGGGUUUAUACAGGUUAUUCCCCCUGUUGGGAUUCUGUAUACUUUUUCUUGUUAUUCAACAACUGAAGUCAAUCACUUCUUCUGUGACAUUGUUCCCUUAAUGAAGAUUUCCUGCGACGAUACUUCAUUUUUAGAAAUGUUAUUUUUUAUAGAAGGUUUGGUCCUCUUGAUUUAUACUCCAUUUGUUCUCACUUUUAUCCCUUACAUUUUCAUUAUUGUCACCAUCCUGAAGAUCCGUUCCCAUCACGGCAGACGUAAAGCCUUCUACACGUGUUCAUCUCACCUGACAGUUGUCAUCUUGCUCUACACAACUCUUGUAAGCCAGUAUCUGACACCAAACCUAAGUAGCACUUUGGACUCCAAAAAGCUAUUUGCUCUGUUUAACACAGCUGCUGUCCCGGUGCUCAAUCCAAUAAUCUAUAGUCUUAAAAAUAAGGAUGUGAAAGUAGCUCUUCGGCGAAGCUUAGGGAAAUUCAGAUUGAUGGCUUGA